AUGAAAACUAUAGCACAAACUCGAUUAGGGACGUAUCAGGAUAUGAAACAACGUUUUGUUGGUCAUGAUGAUGCUAAAUUGCUCAAACAGGUAGAUGAAUAUUAUUCACAAACAGAAAGUGAAAUCGAUAUAAUUAAUGGUUUAUUACAUUAUACCAAACAUCUUACGGUGCUUGCUACAUUCAAAGAUGAUGCAGGUUUAAGUAUAAUCGGUCGUUUAUUAAGUUAUGCCGAACACACGGUGGAUCUUGCAUCAAAAAAACCAAUUGAUUCAAAAACAAAUGUUACAGAUGAAUCUGACAAAUCAAAUGAAUCUGAUGAACCUGAUAAAUCAGAUGAAUCUGGUGAAUGUGAUAUAUCUGAUAAAUCUGGCGAAUGUGACAUAUCUGAUAAAUCAGAUGAAUCUGAUGAAAAACCAACAACAAGUGUUAAAGGUAUUCCACGGGUAGAAAAAACGGCAGAAGAUGAAUUAACUGAGAUGGAAACCGGUUCUGAAGCUCAUUCUAUGAUAAAAGAAACAAAAAAUCCUGCAACUAUUUUUAUCUGUAACAAAUGUAAACAACAUUAUGAUAUCAAAAAAUAA